CGUUUGCGUUGUUGAUAAACGCUUGCGGUGUAAUUUCAUGUUUAUAUCUCAAACAAUAUUUGAUUUCAAUUUGUGACAAUGAAGGCAGACGUUCCUACGCCUGGAGAGAAACCUAAAAUACCUCUACCAACUCUCUCACAAAUUAACGCUGAUCGAAUAACUCAACUUGCGAACCAGUACUGGGCACCACAGACUAAGGACAACCACCUACCUUACGAUGCCUCGAUUGUGGAGUCAAUAUACCAAUCAGAGAUCCUUGCCAACAACUUCGCGGUACGCCGGAUCAUGAUGUUAGAAUUCUCGCAGUACCUGGAGAACUACCUGUGGCCGCACUACGAGGCCGGGCGUGCGUCGCACGCGCACAUGAUGUCCAUCAUCGUCAUGAUCAAUGAGAAGUUCCGCGAGAGAGUGCCCGCUUGGCAGGCAUUUCUCAAGAAGCCGGAGCAUUUCCCAGCAUUCUUCGAGCAGGUCCUCCGGGCAAGUGUUGCGGACGACCACACCAGCCGCAACAUGCGCGAGCAGACGGCGCUGCUGCUGUUCCUGAACCACUGCUUCGGAAGCAUGGAGGUGCAGCUGUGCCGCGACCAGGUUAAGAGGCUCGUCUCGCUCUCCAUGUGGAUCAGUCUGCAGGAAGGUCGAAGGAAUCAAGAGUUUAAAGCGAUCCCGAAGUGGCGGAAGUACUGGCGAGCGAUACAAAAGAAGGACAAGCCGGAGUUGCUGGACAGGCUGCAGUGGGAGCGAAGGUACCUGCAGCGUCUGAUGAUCAAGUUUAUGAGGAUUCUCGAGAGCAUACCCGCUACGGGAGACAUUGAUGUCUAUAAAGUCAGAUACUGCGAGCGCUUCCUGGAGCUGAUGAUCGACCUGGAGGCGCUGCUGCCGACGAGGCGCUUCUUCAACACCGUCAUGGAUGACUGUCAUCUGGUGGUGCGCUGCCAGCUCGCCUCACUGUCUAGACGGCCCGAGGGACAGCUCUUCUCACAGCUCCUUCAGAUGUUGAAGUUCUACGCCCGUUUCGAAAUCAACGACGAGACGGGGGACCCCAUGAGUGACAGGGAUAUGACGUUGCUUCACUAUUCCAGGAUUACCUCCUUACAAAAAGCUGCGUUCGCAAAAUUUCCAGACCUUAGAAUGUUUGCACUUGCAAACGUUGCAAGUGUGGACCAGAGGGAGACUUUAAACAAACAUUUCGGGAAUUUAAGUGACAAAGCCUUAAGAGCCAUAGCGACAUACUUGAACCUUGUACCGCCUGAAGGCAAGGAAGACGAGGCUCCUUGGCACCGACUGGAUAAGGAGUUCCUGAAAGAACUGCUGAUAUCUCGCCACGAACGUCGUAUAUCCCAGUUAGAGGAAUUGAACUCCAUGCCACUUUAUCCGACUGAAGAAGUAAUUUGGGAUGAGAAUGUGGUGCCAACAGAAAUCUACAGUGGGGAGAACUGCCUCGCACUGCCGAAAUUGAAUCUCCAAUUUUUGACACUUCAUGACUACCUUUUAAGGAACUUUAACUUGUUCCGACUAGAGAGUACAUAUGAAAUCAGACAAGACAUUGAGGACGCCGUUUAUAGAUUAGCACCGUGGCGCGCAGAAGAUGGCAGCGUCUACUUCGGUGGCUGGGCGAGAAUGGCUCACCCGGUUCAAAGCUUCGCUGUGGUGGAAGUUGCGAAGCCCAAUAUUGGGGAGAAGGCUCCGUCCCGCGUUCGAGCUGACGUCACGGUCACGCUUAGUGUCAGGAACGAGAUCAAACACGAAUGGGAGAACUUGAGGAAGCAUGACGUGUGCUUCCUGAUCACUGUCAGACCGACACAGGGUAUAGGAACCAAGUAUGAUUACAGACAGAGUAUGGUGGAACAGGCGGGGAUAGUGUACGUGAGGGGCUGUGAGGUUGAAGGCAUGCUGGAUGCCUCCGGGAGGGUCAUCGAGGAGGGUCCGGAGCCGAGACCUCAGUUGGACGGAGAUUCUAGAACUUUCCGACUGCUGCUCGACCCCAACCAAUACAGACUUGACUUGGACCGUGCCAGUAAAGGAGGAGAGGAUGUGUACGAGACGUUCAACAUAGUGAUGCGUCGUAAGCCCAAGGAGAACAACUUCAAGGCGGUGCUGGAGACCAUUCGAGAGCUGAUGAACACAGAGUGCGUGGUCCCGGAGUGGCUGCACGACAUCGUGCUGGGGUACGGCGAUCCUGGACAAGCUAAUUAUACCCGAAUGCCCAAUGAGAUCCCGACCUUGGACUUCAACGAUACGUUUCUGGACAUGGAACAUUUGAGGAACUCUUUUCCUGGUUACGAGAUCAAAGUACACUCCAAAGUUCAAGACCCUCGCAAGCUGAUCAGACCUUUCAAGCUAACAUUCGAGAAUGUUCUCCGCAAGAAGCAGCAGGACGAGGACGCGAUGGAUGAGGAUGACCCUCGAAAGGUCAUCAUAGUGGAGCCUCACAUACAACCGCGCCGGGGACCCUACCUCUACAACGAACCCAAGAAAAACAACAUUCUUUUUACACCGACACAAGUGGAAGCGAUCAGGUCAGGCAUGCAACCAGGAUUGACUUUGGUUGUGGGUCCGCCCGGAACAGGUAAAACGGACGUAGCAGUGCAAAUAAUAUCGAACAUAUACCACAACUACCCGUGGCAGCGCACCCUGGUGGUCACCCACAGUAACCAGGCCCUCAAUCAGCUGUUCGAGAAGGUCGCUGAGCUCGACGUGGAUGAGCGACAUCUGCUGCGUCUUGGACACGGCGAAGAGGCGCUGCAGACUGAUAAGGAUUUCUCCAGAUACGGGCGUGUGAACUACGUGCUAGCCAAGCGGCUGGAGCUCUUGAACCAAGUGUCCCGGCUGCAGCGCACGCUGGACGCGGGCGGCGACGCGGGCGCCACCUGCGAGCUGGCGCACCACUUCCACGUGUACCACGUGCGCCCGCGCUACCAGGCCUUCCUCGACAAGUGUCAGCGAGACUCCACGAUAGAAACAAUCCAAAAAGAGUUUCCGUUCCACGAGUUCUUCGAAGAUGCUCCGAAACCUCUGUUCCCUGGCAAAUCGUACGAGGAAGACAUGGAGGUGGCCAAAAGUUGCUACCGGUACAUAGAUCACAUUUUCGAAGAACUGGAGGAGUUCCGCGCUUUUGAGCUGCUCCGUUCCGGGCUGGACAGGUCAAAGUACCUGUUGGUGAAGGAAGCUAAGAUCAUCGCCAUGACGUGCACACACGCCGCGCUGAAGCGAUCGGAACUUGUACAGAUGGGAUUCAAAUACGACAACAUCCUAAUGGAAGAGUCUGCUCAAAUCCUGGAAAUCGAGACGUUUAUUCCAUUGCUACUUCAAAACCCUCAAGACGGGCGGUCUCGCCUGAAGCGGUGGAUCAUGAUCGGAGAUCACCACCAACUGCCGCCCGUGGUCAAGAACAUGGCCUUCCAGAAGUACUGCAACAUGGAGCAGAGCCUCUUCACCAGGAUGGUCAGGCUUGGGGUGCCUUACGUAGAGCUUGAUGCCCAAGGACGUGCUAGACCCAGUAUCUGCAACUUGUACCGCUGGCGGUACCGUGCGCUGGGCGACCUGUCACACGUGCUGCGCCUGCCGGAGUACCGCGCCGCCAACGCGGGCCUGCGGCACGACUUCCAGCUCGUCAACGUCGACGACUUCAACGGCGCCGGCGAGACCGAGCCCAGCCCUUACUUCUACCAGAACCUGGCGGAGGCGGAGUACGUGGUAGCAGUGUUCAUGUAUAUGCGACUGGUGGGCUGGCCGGCGGAGCGCAUCUCCAUCCUGACCACCUACAACGGACAGAAGCACCUCAUCCGUGACGUCAUCGACAAGCGUUGCGCCGACAACCCGCUCAUAGGACGCCCCCAUAAGGUGACAACAGUAGACAAGUACCAAGGUCAACAGAACGACGUGGCCCUAGUAUCGUUAGUGCGCACGCGCGCAGUGGGCCACGUGCGCGACCUGCGCCGACUGAUCGUGGCCGCGUCGCGAGCACGCCUCGGACUGUACAUCUUCGCGAGGGCUGGACUCUUCCGGAACUGCUUCGAGCUGCAGCCUACUUUCAACCAGCUGGUAGAACGUCCGUUGGAACUGGAGAUAAUCCCGGGGGAGAAGUAUCCGGCGCAGCGCGGCGUGGCGGCCAACGUGCCCGAGGCGCUGGUGCUGCGCGUGCGCGACAUGCCGCACAUGGCGCGGUACGUGUACGACAUGUACCUCGAAAUCGUGCGCACUACCGCCAGCCGGCAAGAGCAGGGAUCCCGUUCAUCGUGGUCCGCGCCGGGCACGGAGACAGCGGCGCGCUCGAAGGACCCGCAGCACUUCGUACCGUCGCACCCCGGCGCCGCCCCCGACAGCGACGACGAGGACGCCGCCCCCGCCACCAGCGCCCCCGCCGCCCCCGACGCCGCCUCCAGCGCCCCCGCGCGCGGCUUCCAACCCACCAACAUUGUCAACGAAGUCGAAGAACCCAUGGAGUGAUAGAAUUAAGUGUCCAGUGUUUAAGUGUCAGAAUUCAAAUAAAGAAGUCUUUACAAAGAACAUUCAUAGUUUAUUCUUAUUUUAAAAAUCUAUACGGAAUACACAAUAUCAAUAUCAAAACUUCAAAGAGAUAGAGGUGAGUUGAUUUUUUUGUUUAUUUAUAUAUAAAAUCAAUAAAAUAUAUCAUCAUUAGGAACUUAAUCGAAAAUAUGUUAUUCAAACAAAAAUAAUGUAUUUAUAGCAUCAAUGAGUGUUCGAUUUCGAAAAUCAGUAUUCCCGCUACCAAUCUCAGUGACAUAAUUCAUAUUUAAACGUUUCCUAUAGAAUACUGACUAGAACUUACAUUAUAUAUUAAAUCGAUGAGCUCAAAUAUCGAUGAAACCUAUUAAAAAUAAACAAUAACAUUAUUCUAACUUAAAAUAAACACAAGAUAAUUUUCGGAAUUUGAUAUAUUGAGUAUAAGUAAUGUAAUUGAUUCAUAAGUGUAAAAAGGCAAUCGUUAGAUCACAAUAUUUUUGUAAGGAUAUGUUGAAAGUUUAAAAAAAUACCUAACUAUCUAUGUACACCAUUAUUUGUCUAUCUUCUGGGACGUGCUACAGCAGUUUAAUUUAUUUUGCAACUUGAUUCUAUGGACUAAAGUUGUAGUGAAGGCCAAUACAAUACCAUGAUAAUUGGGUCGUGUACUAGGUUAAAGAUAAACUAUAAAAUUCUGAUCACUAAAUAAAGACAGAUCUAAAAUUAA